AUGUUACCCACCGACUACGCCGCUGUUGGCGGCAUCGUGACUGUUGCGAUUUUGAUUUACUCGUUCUUGCGCCUACUUUACAAUGCCUUUCUGCACCCGUUAUCCGGUUUCCCAGGCCCGUUGAUCUAUCGGACAUCCCGUCUACCAUAUCUCUAUCACAUGGCCCGCGGCGACCUGACAUUCACAUUUCUUCCUUUGCACGAGAAGUACGGGCCAGUAAUCCGCAUCGCUCCAGAUGAGCUCUCCUUCACACACCCAGACGCCUGGAAGGACAUCUACGGCCAUCGCGUCGGCAACAAUCAUAACGUUCUCGAGCUCCCUAAGGCCAGGAGAUUCUACCGGACACGAGGAACCCUGCCCAACAUCAUCAGUGAGGAAGACCGCGCUCACCAUGGGCUGGUCAGGCGGGUGCUGAGUCACGGCUUCAGUGACCAGAACCUCAGAGCGCGGGAGUCGGUGAUCACGGGGUAUGCCGACACGUUGAUAGGGCAGUUGAAGCGAUUUUCCGUGUCAUCGGCGGAUGAGGAGGCGGCCGCUCCAGCGCGGAGAAAACCGAUGAACUUGACGGCGUGGUACAACUGGGUGACUGUCGAUAUUAUCAGCCACCUGACCUUUGGGGAGCCAUCUGGGUGCCUGGACCGUGCCGAGCGCGACCCUUGGAUCGAGGCCAUGAACGGUACUGUUCUUGACUUUAUCCCCCUUCAGAUCUUGGCUUACUUGGGGUUUGAUGGGUUGAUCAACCGGCUCCUGAGGGCCUUCAUGAACACCAACCGCAAUCAUCACCGGAAGGUGAGCGCCGAGAAGGUUGUUCGCAGGGUAGGCAUGACUAUGGCAGACCCGGACCUUGUCGAAAAGAUACUACAGAAGAAGGACGCUUGGAAUCUUUCAGACGACGAGAUCCUUGGGAACGCAGCCGCUCUGCUCAUUGCCGGCUCCGAGACCACAGCGACCCUCCUAGCCGGCCUGACCUACCUGUUAUGCAAGCAUCCGCAGGUCAUGGAGAAUCUGAAGCAAGAAGUCCGCUCACGAUUUACAUCGGACUCCGAAAUCACACUGACCUCGGUCCUCGAGCUUAAAUACCUACUCGCCUGUCUGGACGAAGCCCUGCGCCUGUAUCCACCCGUGCCGAUCGGACCCCUCCGAACGGUCCCGGAGGGAUCGGGCGGCGUCACGAUCGCGGGCCAUAUGGUGCCGGGAGGAACAGAUGUGGCUGUGUGGCACUGGCCCAUGUUCCACUACUCGAAGCACUGGGAGAGGCCUAUGGAGUACCGACCAGAAAGGUUCCUGCAGGAGGACUCUGCUGGGCCACGCUAUGCUGGAGACAUGAAAUACACCAACAACACUGGCCUAUACUCGGCCGACCGACUCGAUUUACUGCAGCCCUUCAAUGUCGGUCCGAGAAAUUGUUUGGGUAGAAACCUCGCUUACUCGGAGAUGCGGCUUGUUCUGGCACGUAUGAUCUUGAAUUUUGACAUGGAGCUCGUGGAGCCCGAGACGGACUGGAUUGGCAAGCAGAGAGCUGACUUCUUGUGGCGCAAGGGGCCGUUGCCAGUGUACCUGAGUCCUGUCAAUCUUUGA